GCUGCCAGCGACAGAUCAACCGUGGCCUCCGUCCGUUGUGGACCUGCACACAGCCGCUGCGCGGAGAAAGGACCAACCAGUGCCUCUUGCGACAUCCGCGGCUCAACACAACAUCGCCAUGAGGAUCCUACCCCUGAUUGUGUUAGUGGCGUGCGUAGCGUGCGAGGCAGCGGCGCGAGCGCAAGACGACGGGGAAGCGCGGCCGGCGCCGUCGCGGGGGCUGCUCAAGCGCGGGCUGUUGGCUAAGGGCAAACAGACGACCACCACCACCACGCCUGCGCCACAGGAGGAGGCAGAAUACGAAGACGAGGCCGAGUACGCGGACGGGGAGGCGCAGGAGGCAUCGACGGAGGCUCCGCCCUCGUCCACAGAGGGCAAGAAGCUGGUCUCUGGUGGCGUGCGGCCCUUCCGCAGCAACACUGACCUGCUGGAGGCGCUCAAGAGGAGGCGGGCUCAGGCCGCUGAAGCAAAACACGGGCACUCGAGCGCCCCCGCUGCGCCGGCGCAAGACUCCCCAGUGGAAGCCGCUGCGCCCGCCGCCACCCCGGCCAAGUCCAGCUACAGUAAAAAGCGUUACAACAACGCCCCGAAAGAGAGCCAGAAUGAAGAGGCGCCUGCGCCUGCCAAACCCAGCAGAGGACGAUUUGGAAGACCAGCAUCCCGAUCGGUGCAAGAGGAACCCGAGGAGCAGAACGAGUCUGCGCCCGCGCCGGCCCGGAGCGCCCGGACAUUCGCCAGGCGAGGGGGCAACUAAGAGGACCCUAACCAAAAGGGACCCACCCCCACAACAACCCUUUACUUCUACUGCCUUACCGUAAAGAAUAUUUUUUCUAACCAAGGCUGACGGAAUAUUGUAUUGUCUUUGGUAAGGCCAUGUAGCUCACAAGUUAAAAGGUAUACUUAUAACUUGUCAGCCUAAAGCUACCUUCCCCGCCUUCUAGCAGCGUGCGAGUCACUGCCAUAUCCCGGUCUGAACAAAAUCAAGUUCCGAAUUUAUAUUUUUUGUACGUGUAAAUUAUACUUCUAAGUAAUUUUUAAAUAAAUAAUUUUAAUUAUU